AUGCAGGAUAAGGAAUGGGAACCGGUGAAGAACGUGUUGGAGGAGUUUAUGGAGUACUUGGAGGAACAUAAUGAUAACUUUGACGCACUUGGUGCCAAUUGUGAUAACACAGGUUGGAAUGAUCUGACACACACUGCACACCAUACGGGCCAAACGGUGGCGGAUAUGAUGAGAUGCAGACUAAUGUCCGGUGCGUUGUGGUUUGCAAAUGGUUCGUGGAAGACGACAGAUCGCAGUACUAAGCAGAGUCAGCAGGAUGAUGAAGAGACCAAUAGGUUAAGAUGUGACGUGGCCCAUGUAUUUGGACAUCUACUGAAAGAAAGGUAUUGUAAGGAUAAGAGAGGCUACAAGAGAGGUAUAGAGUAUGCUUGGCAAACAUUCAGGGAUAUGAACAGCGAGGGACAACAUGGAUUUGGCGAAAUUAACGGUCCUGUUAUUGAAGGCAAGUGUACACCAUGUGGGUAUACGGGCUAUCACAGGCAUAUAACAGCCAUAAAUUUGGCGAUAGCACAAUGGUUAUUGGGGGACGGAAACAUAAAUGAAGAAAUAACAGCAAUGGAACAGGCAAUGCCGUGUGAUAUGAAGUGGGAACAGUAUAUUAAGGAGCAGGGAACAGAGGGGAACACUAUCAAAGACAGUGUGAGCACGGAAGGGCAGCAGAAGAUAGAGGUAAAACAGAAGGAGCUGGCAGGAGCAGUAAUAAAGAUAAUUCAGAAAGUGCAGGAAGCAAAGGAUGACAUAAUGAACACAGCAACGGAGAUAAUUGAGACCGCGAAAACGGCAAUUGCGGACGGCCAGAAACCAGAAGCUUCAACACCUAAGGUACCAGCGGCACCAAAGCAACGACCGGCCCCAGGAGGAACAGGCGGGCAGGUACCGCCCGAAGUAUCAGUAGAAAAAAAAACAAGCGCAGAUCCGACGCCAGUUCAGAAGCAGCCUGAAAACGACCAAAAGGAAGGAGAGAAGGGGAAGGGGAAGAAGCACGAAACACAGGAGAAGUGUCAAGGGGAGAAAAUAUUAGAUUGGAGGCCUAGGACAAUCUACGUGGAGCAUGGUUAUAGUGAUAAGGAAUGGGAACCGGUGAAGAACGUGUUGGAGGAGUUUAUGGAGUACUUGGAGGAACAUAAUGAUAACUUUGACGCACUUGGUGCCAAUUGUGAUAACACAGGUUGGAAUGAUCUGACACACACUGCACACCAUACGGGCCAAACGGUGGCGGAUAUGAUGAGAUGCAGACUAAUGUCCGGUGCGUUGUGGUUUGCAAAUGGUUCGUGGAAGACGACAGAUCGCAGUACUAAGCAGAGUCAGCAGGAUGAUGAAGAGACCAAUAGGUUAAGAUGUGACGUGGCCCAUGUAUUUGGACAUCUACUGAAAGAAAGGUAUUGUAAGGAUAAGAGAGGCUACAAGAGAGGUAUAGAGUAUGCUUGGCAAACAUUCAGGGAUAUGAACAGCGAGGGACAACAUGGAUUUGGCGAAAUUAACGGUCCUGUUAUUGAAGGCAAGUGUACACCAUGUGGGUAUACGGGCUAUCACAGGCAUAUAACAGCCAUAAAUUUGGCGAUAGCACAAUGGUUAUUGGGGGACGGAAACAUAAAUGAAGAAAUAACAGCAAUGGAACAGGCAAUGCCGUGUGAUAUGAAGUGGGAACAGUAUAUUAAGGAGCAGGGAACAGAGGGGAACACUAUCAAAGACAGUGUGAGCACGGAAGGGCAGCAGAAGAUAGAGGUAAAACAGAAGGAGCUGGCAGGAGCAGUAAUAAAGAUAAUUCAGAAAGUGCAGGAAGCAAAGGAUGACAUAAUGAACACAGCAACGGAGAUAAUUGAGACCGCGAAAACGGCAAUUGCGGACGGCCAGAAACCAGAAGCUUCAACACCUAAGGUACCAGCGGCACCAAAGCAACGACCGGCCCCAGGAGGAACAGGCGGGCAGGUACCGCCCGAAGUAUCAGUAGAAAAAAAAACAAGCGCAGAUCCGACGCCAGUUCAGAAGCAGCCUGAAAACGACCAAAAGGAAGGUAAGACACCUGGACCAUCAUGUGGACCUACUACACGCACUGACAAAAAGGCAGACACGGACGGUAACAGUGUAACUGUGGAGAUUCACUUUAGUGGUUCCUCUUCCUCGUCUGAAUGUUCAGGUAAAGCCGAUGCAAGUGCACCGAAGACGUCGGUUCAACAAGAGGAUGCAAAGUCACCACAGUCGGGACCACCACCACCAGCCGCACCCCCAGUAACUAUUAGUACGGACCCACAGCCAACGCAUACAGUAGGGAAUCCCUUGCAGGCAACAGUUGCGGUCCCGAAUACUGAGGCUCAUGGUACACCUGGUGUGAGUGGUGCUGUCGAUAAUCAAAGUGGUGAGGCUACUACGACUGACAACGGUGGUUCCAUCAGUACUCCACAUGAAACGUCGGAACCAAAGGUUAAGGGCGACACCGGGCAGAGUACACCAGGGAAGGAAAGCGACCCGGCUCCCGCACCGACGGCACAGGAUGCCGUCAUCGAUGGCGGCAAUGAUGACCCCCCUCCUCUCAAUCCACCCAAACCAAAACCGAACCCGAAUGCCGAUCAAUCGGGUAGUAGUGGCAGUUUCAGUGAUGCCGAUUUGGCGGAUGGAGUUUCUGGUGGGGAAGGAAAGGGAGGUGCGGAUGGAGGAGGUUCCUCAUCCUCAGGACCUGGUUCCUCUGGAGCAGGUUCUACUGGUGACCAAAACGCCGGUUCAUCUGCUCCAGGUUCUGCGGGGACAGGAGGAACUGGGACUCAGGAGACGCUUGUCUACUUUGGAACGAGUUCCGGAACUGGUGAUGAAUGUGACACGACGCCCCAAGACUCGGGACCAGGAGCAGCGCAUGCCGACAGUAAGUCCAAGAAGGACACACAGGCACCAGACGCAGGCGUCGCAACUAACCCCGAUGGUCAGGCACAUAAUACAUCAAGCUGCACUUCAUCCGAAUUCUCCUGUACGUCUGGGGCCCUGGAGAGCGUUUUACACACACCAAAUGACACAGUAACCUCCGGUGGCACACAGAGUGCUUCGGGCGGACACAAUGCAGGGAACGCACAUGCCGGUAACGUAGACUGCACUGCUAAUCCUUUGCAUGAUAGUUGUGACCUCAGAUUAGAGGUACCGUUCGUACCUAGCGUAAAACUCUCGGAUGGACACUUUGGACCCGGUGCCACACCCGCUAUACGGGACUUAAACCACGAUGGAGUCGGCAAGGAGGACGUGCCCAUCGAUAUUCCUGACCUAACCGACACGGUCCUUACCGCCACUACUCCCGUGCUGUUUUUUCUCGCUUCCGUCACCGUUGCCAUUCUUGGUUAUUCCCUUUGGAAGUACUUUGCGCACCUCGGAAAAAACCGACGACGCACAUAUCGCACCGUGCGUGACGUCCCGUCACCGCCACUCGACGAAGAAAUAUUGCAGCAUCUACAACGCGGCGAACUGCCGCCACCCGAUUACGGUUACACCAUCGUUAGGGAUAGGCAACCUGCGUCAACAUCCGGUACACGCCGCCCCCCGCGCGUGAAUCGCCGCACCAUCAUCGAGCUACAUUUAGAAGUGCUCCACGAAUGUGAAGCAACCGAAUGGGAAAACGUCAAACACGACUAUUUGCAGAUUGUCGUGGAGGAGUUUGCACAGGAGUUGAUGCGGGACGACGACACGAAAAACAAUAUCUUGGGUGUUUCUACCUCAGACCAUGGUUUACCAGGAAACCAUGUUUCCUCCACCGUGGAUCCACCCACUGACUCCGACGGAACAGAUCGAUGUCCACCUAACGAAGAGGACCCCGAUCCUUGGAGUUGUAUGGAAACUAUACAGUUUAAAGAAGAGGGGACUCCUGCUCCUUUUCCCGAGAAUGUGAAUUCGAGAGUAGUAUGCAGGAGGAGUUAUAUGUGGAUACAUUAUUACAGAAUAUGCGAAAUGAGGAUGGGCAGCACAUGA